UGAGCAUGAAGUGCGGGACUGAGGAGGGUGGCGGUGAGGCCGGACAGCCGAACAGGGGCAGGGGCCAGGCCUCCGAGCGGCCUGGGUGCCAGGAGCCCGGGGACGCGGCUGGGAGGAAGGUCUGAGAGGCCAGAGGACAAAAUGCACUGUCCAACAAGGAAGCAGCCAGCAGCGGAGCCCAGCGCCUAAGCAGCCGGGAGGGGGACGAGAACGGCGGUCAGUUUCAGGGGCUGAGAGCUGAGUUUCCGGAAGAGGGACUGGUGAGCCAUGUAGAAAGCCACCAAGGGUGGCUACUGUUUGGAAAGAGACGUGCUGGGGUGGUAUACCAUGUUGGCCUGAGAUUAUGAAGCUCAACAUGUGUUCCUGGACUUCUCCAGAUAGGUUAUGUCACCGACAGAGUCUGCCCUGAAGCUCCCCGUGGCCCGGAGACUAUGGACAAGAGGAAUGGUCUGAUGGCUAGCGUGUUGGUCACCUCCCCCACUCCGCAGGGCAGCAGCAGCUCAGACUCUCUGGAGGGCCAGAGCUGCGACUAUGCCAGCAAGAGCUACGACGCCGUUGUCUUCGACGUCUUGAAAGUGACUCCCGAGGAAUUUGCUAGCCAGAUCACAUUAAUGGACAUACCCGUGUUUAAAGCCAUCCAGCCUGAGGAACUAGCCAGCUGCGGAUGGAGUAAGAAGGAGAAACAUAGUCUCGCCCCCAACGUUGUGGCCUUUACCCGGAGGUUUAACCAGGUCAGCUUUUGGGUUGUACGAGAAAUUCUGACAGCACAGACUUUAAAAAUAAGGGCAGAAAUCCUGAGCCAUUUUGUGAAAAUAGCCAAGAAACUCCUAGAACUCAACAACCUUCAUUCUCUCAUGUCUGUGGUGUCAGCAUUACAAAGUGCACCCAUCUUCAGGCUGACAAAAACCUGGGCUCUUUUGAAUCGAAAAGACAAGACCACCUUUGAGAAACUGGACUACCUGAUGUCCAAAGAAGAUAAUUACAAGCGGACGCGGGAAUACAUCCGAAGCCUGAAGAUGGUUCCCAGUAUCCCCUAUCUAGGGAUCUAUCUUCUGGAUUUAAUCUACAUUGAUUCUGCAUAUCCUGCCUCAGGCAGCAUCAUGGAAAAUGAACAAAGAUCCAAUCAGAUGAACAAUAUCCUCCGAAUUAUUGCUGAUCUACAAGUUUCCUGCAGCUACGAUCACCUCACAACCCUGCCCCACGUGCAGAAGUACCUGAAGUCCGUGCGCUAUAUCGAAGAGCUCCAGAAGUUUGUGGAAGACGACAACUACAAACUGUCACUCAGAAUUGAACCAGGAAGCAGCUCCCCGAGACUCGUCUGUUCCAAGGAAGAUCUUGCAGGCCCCUCCGGCUCCAGUUCUGCGAGGUUCAGCAGGCGGCCCACCUGUCCCGAUGCAUCUGUUGCUGGCAGCCUCCCCACACCCCCGGUCCCAAGACAUAGGAAGAGCCACAGCCUGGGCAACAAUAUGAUGUGUCAGUUGAGUGUAGUUGAGAGUAAAAGUGCAACAUUCCCGUCGGAGAAAGCGAGGCACCUGCUGGAUGACAGUGUCCUAGAGUCCCGCAGCCCCCGCAGGGGCCUCGCCCUCACCUCCUCCUCUGCCGCCACCAAUGGACUCUCCCUAGGCAGUAGUGAGAGCUCAGAGUUUAGUGAAGAGAUGUCUUCAGGGCUGGAAAGCAGGGGACGUCUUUAUGCCACACUGGGGCCCAACUGGCGGGUUCCAGUUCGGAAUUCUCCCAGAACCCAGAGCUGCGUUUACAGCCCCACCGGCCCAUGCAUCUGUACGCUGGGGAGCCCAGCAGCGGUGCCCACCAUGGAGGGGCCUCUGAGAAGGAAAACGCUGCUCAAAGAGGGGCGGAAGCCCGCGCUGUCCUCAUGGACCAGGUACUGGGUCGUCCUCUCGGGAUCUACCCUCCUGUACUACGGAGCCAAGUCCUUGCGGGGCACAGACAGGAAACACUACAAAUCCACACCUGGCAAGAAGGUCUCCAUCGUGGGCUGGAUGGUGCGGCUGCCGGACGACCCAGAGCACCCGGAUAUCUUCCAGCUGAAUAAUCCUGAAAAAGGCAAUGUUUACAAGUUCCAGACUGGCUCCCGGUUUCAUGCAAUACUGUGGCACAAGCAUUUGGAUGAUGCGUGUAAAAGCAACAGGCCUCAGGUACCUGCAAACCUUAUGUCAUUUGAAUAAGUCUCUUCAGGACUUGGCGUGACUUCAAAGGCUUCUGGGAGCCUAGCCUGGAACUGGUGGUAAAGCGCACGUCCUGGCACAGGCGGUUGGCCAGGGUGCUGGGAGACCCACAGCUGGACUCAAGAGGGCGCGGCCUGCGGCCUCACAGUCCAGAGGGCUCCACCAGCGCAGGAUCCACCUGCCAGUCCCCAGCAUCUCUCAUGACACUCAUUCUGCAGCGCCACCUUGAGGAGCUGGGAUUGGACCCCAAACUGAACAUCCUGCCCUGCCUCUUGGGCCCCCGACCAUCCACCAGCUGUUGCUUCGGCUAGAGAGCAACGGGCCCACGUUGGGUCCCCCAUGCUUUCUGCACAGAGGAGUGGACAGUGUUAACUGGCAUGAGGGGCCAGAGAGAAGGAGCAGGCUGUGGAACUGGCUUUUUACACCCCAAGUGCAUGGGGUUGCUCAUCCACAGGGCUGCCUCAGAUUUUGUACAACCCUCGAAGCGUCCUCUGCGUGUGGGUGCCAUGUACGUCUGUGUGCGAGCGAGUGUGAACUCUUCAAGAAACAUGCAUUUUGGCACAAGACUUGUGACAUCACCCACUUCAUUCGCUUUGAAGCCCUGCUUUAACCUCAAGUGAUAUAGCCCUGUCCACCGAGGAAGGUCAGAGGCGGAGCCCAGAUUCCUUCUGUAUUAAGGGUCCCUUGCAUUCUUUACUGUAAACAAGCAAUGCCUUAAAUUGUGUCUUGUUUUCUGUUCCUAUGGGUGCUAUUCUUCUGGAAGGCCUGUUCCCCGGGCCCCUGGGUCCCUUCCAGGCCUUGUGGCUGUCAGCUCUUCUGAGACGGGACUCGGCUUCAGGACUGUGGACUGGGCCGCUGGCCUGCUUGCUUCCCCCACCCCCUCUCCUGCGGGUCUGAAGGCCCAUCUCUUCUCACCCCACGCACCGUGCCAGGAUGGGAAGUUGUGACCCUUUCUCCCAGCUUCCUCAGAAGCAGCUCGGAGGCUGCCAUGCUCACGGUGACCGGCUGCAACGAAGCUACUUUACACCAACCCCUCCCUGCAGAGCAAGGCUUUGCUCCCUCCAUCUCCCCCCUUUGCCUCCACUGCCAGGGCGGGGCCCACUGGGAUUCCAGGUUACACUGGGAGCUGAGUGACACUGAGGCCUUAUGCUCCCUAAUCUUGCCCCCAAACGCAGUCACCAGCAAGUUCUCCAUCAUCCAAGUCCGAGGACACAAUUGUUAAUGACGGUGACAAGAGAGCAAAGCCCUGGGGUGUGAACAGUCCAAGCUCUGCACUCAGUUAAGAGCUCUUCAUAUGAACAACAUCCUCUACCUGUCAUUCUUUGUCAUAUUUUUAAGUGACUUUUAUUUUGCACAAAUACAUUUUUAUUCAAAAUAAUGAAUAAAAAUCAGCUUUAUUUACAGUAGCUUUAUCACCAUAGCUCCUCUUUCUGUCUUUCUCUCUUGCCCUAAUCUGGAUGUCCAAAUUCUGAGAAGGAAACCCUAAAAUGAUUUUCUGAAAGAGACUAAAUUUUGGGGUCCUUGUUGCUAUCCUGGUUUCAGAGCUCACACUGGUCAAACUUCAAACCACCCUUAAGAGUUUCUGGGCAAGAUGCUUCAAAACAGCAUCUUAACCAGUCAUCUAUAAUUGAUCCAUUUAAAAACAACCAAAGGACCCACCACUGUAUUUUGGUCAAACAGUGAUAACUUUUCUGAAAAUUUGAAUGAAUUGGCGAGGAAAGUAAUUGUCAGCGGGGUUUUGUGGUGGAGCUUUACUGUGCUCAGUAAUUACCCCUCCUUUGGAGCAAAGCCUAGACUCAUUUGGUGCCAGGAGAAGCCCGGGGUGGUGAAGUGGGUGCCAUCAAACCUCGGUCAUUGGUGCCUUGCACACCCACGCGCAGCCCGCCUCUGGAUGUGUGCGCUCACUUCAUACCAACGACUGUUCAAGUUAGCAUCUGCUGGCUGCAUGAACACACCAAGCACUCCACAAACACCUCUCACCACAACCAUGCAGUGUUAACACUUUGGCCUCCAUGGCAUCUGAUUCUGCCUGGUCGUGUCUUAAAAGUCUGAAGUUUGGAUGAAAAUGCAAGACCGGAACAUGCUUACACGCCAUGCGCUUCUCCACUCUUCAGCUGCCCUGGGUUUCCUCAUGUGACAGCAUAGCGAUGUCAUUCCAGAAACCUCAGAAUUUCAGGCUCCACUAAAUCAGAUCAUUUUCUGCCCUCUUUCUUAUCUUUCACAAAUGCUUUCUUCUGAGCCAAAUUUGAAACAGCACAGUUUCAAAUCUUUUCAAAGUGUUUAGUCUUCUCCCUAAUGGAGACUGACCCCCACAUCUGCUCCUAGAAACAUUCUUAGCUUGGACUCUUAAAAAAAAAACCUGCUUAGACCUUGUCAGCAAAGGCCUUGCAGAACUGGUCAGCACCUUGAGGAGUCCAGGAGACAAGGUGUGAAGACACUGGCUGUCCCAGCGGGGUUUGGGGCCACGCGUGUGAGUUCAGUGCUGAUGGUUUCCUAGCGUUGGUGUGCCCUCAGGCUGCAGGCGAGGAGGUCCAUGAGGCUGGGACAGAGGGGACCGGGCACGAACCCCAAAGGAAGCAAGUGCACGGGGGGAUUCGGAGGCAUUUCUGGGUUUUGCUCCUUGACUGUUCAUAGUGUAUAAAUGUUUGUGAAGCCAUGGGCGGUGGUAUGCCUUGCACGCAUACGCUGUUAUCUUUUUUGUUUUUAAAGCAAACAGAUAAUGCCACCCCAAAGUGAGAACUAUGGAACCCUGUCUAUGAACUAUGGAGAAAGUAGCUGAUAUCAUGACGAUGAUAAUGAAACAGCUUCCUCACCUCUCCCUGGGAGUAAUUUUUGCUCCUUCCUGGUUGAACAUAUCUUGUAACUCAAGAUAAGCCAGCUGCACUCUGACAACUGAAGUACUUCACGGAGGGUUGAUUUGGUGGAGAGCAGUAGCAGUACUGUUGUGAGUGUGCCCAGUAAGAGCGUGGCCUCCCUUCGCUGACCUGAGGAAGCCCACUCACCACUCUGUCCUGCUGUGGAAACUACAGAGGAAGAUACUUGUACAAUUCUGUUUAGGGAAGAACCCACUUUCUCUUGCCAACUGAAUUUAUAAGGCUUUUUUUUUUUCUUAUCAAGAUUGCCAGUAUUUCUUUCAUCAUCGUUCCUCCACCUCCCAAGCCAGACAUGAUCUUCUAGGACCCCAUUCUACCAGUAGAAAAAGGUCCAUGGAAAUGGGAAGCCAUGUGCAAGCCAGCUGUGCUUUCAUUCCGUGUGUGGAGUCUAGAGGUCUGCACCCAUAUUACUGAUGCUUAUAGCCAGGUGAACACUGCUAAACACACAAUCUAACUUAUUUUUUGUGACUUCAUAAAUGACUUUAAUCAGCCCCACCUCAUAUUGACAUGUUGGGUGAUUUCACGUUUUAAGAAGAAAAUAACAACUACAAGAGUCCCUUUGAAAUAACAGAUUGUCUGCGUAAAUCCACCCAUUCAUUGCUACAUUCACAUCUCUAGCGAGUGCUUCCGAUGUGCCGGGCUCUACGUGGGAUAUACCGUAAAUGGCUGAGAACAAGACCUCUCCCUGCCCUCACGGAGUUGAUCACUCAGUGAACGAAUAAUCCUCACCCUGGCAUCUCCUCUGGCAAGACCCUGCCUCUCUCCUACCACUGGGUACAAACCCUGGGCCGAUUCCUUCAGACAGGCUUCAAACAGACUGAAAAGCCUCUGGAUCUGUAAGUUCAGGUGCAGUGAGGACUAGAUGGAGUUGUUAUUCUAGAGGCUGGCUGGUAGCACAGCCAGGCACAAAACCAUGGUUGGGCACACUGAGGACUCCGAGGUGGAAAUGAGAGAGCCGGGUCAGAAUAUUCACAGUAUUCACUUCAGAGGUUUUUCAGUUUUAAUUUCAAAAUGUUCAAGCAAGUACAGCAUGAGCAAAAGCUGCAUUCUCUUGGGUGUUGAGAACUUGUACCACAGGCCUCCUCGCAGCCCUAGGCUGCACCAGGGUGUGUCCUCCACGGGCAGUACAUCCUGCUCACAGCACCAACGCGAGGGGUCAUCUGCCCGUUCUAUAACCAUUACUCUCAUCCAUUUCUGAACAACUGUGACCAUUUGACAGUGAAACACUAGUAAUUAAUUUAUUAGUAAGGUAUAAUCGUUAAUAAAUUUCGUGCCAAAAUGCAUGUUUUUCACUUUAGCAUUCAAAAUGUUGCAUAGAGAGUAGUUUUCAAUUUCUUACGUAUUCUUCAAAGUAAGUUAAAAAUGAGUUUCUACAUUUUAGUUCAUUUCUUGUUAAAUCUGUUGCCCUCUCCUGGGCUGUCUUUUUUCCUAGCAGACCUCCUGCAUGCAGUUGUGUAAGGACUUUCUCUAAUUCUUGUGAACUGUCUCUCCCCCAAUAAUCACUGAACAUCAACCCUCCAUGGGAUUCUUUAGACUUUUGGUGGAGUAUUUUGUUACCUCAGUCUUGUAUCAAGUUGCUGUAUUUUUCAGCUUGUUACACUGAUAAUUAAUUGUUUCACUAAUUAAAUACUUUAAUGUACAAAUACCUUUGUUUACUUUGAAAUUAAAUGUGUUUUCCAAUGAA